AUGUUUCCUGCGAAAGAAGACCUGCGUACGGGUUUCAUCGACUUCGUAAAAGGCCAAAAAUCAAUUGAGAAGAUAACUGGUUCCCUCCCACCUCUGCCCAAAAAGGCAAGAAAGCCGCAAAAGGGCAAAGAAGAUCUACCAGGAGACCUAUACCCUCAAUAUAAUCGUGGAACCAAGGCCAAGCAGCUCGACGCAGUUAGACCUAAACUUGUGGAAGCGCUAAAUAAAGCUACCCAUGGCCGAUGGGCUGUUGGGAAUGGUUGGCCAGGUUCAAGCACAGUUGAGCAGCUUAAUUCACUUGGCGUCAAGAUGCGAGUCAAGCGAAACAACCUCCUGGUAACCCCAAACAAUUUUUGUCAUAAGCUGGACCGUUUGAAGCGUGGCGAGCUGCAGAGGCUACUUGUGGCGGUUGAGGAGGGUUGGUUUGAACUAAUUGGGCCAGAUGUCGAUUUGGUAGAAGUUUUGGAUGCGUCGGACACCUACCAACAUCUCGAUCAAGGUAGCUCUCAGCGAAGCAAAAGCACCAAGUCGGGCACCAAACAAAGACGCCCAUCAACUAGUUCAACUGCGACAGGCGGGGCAGACGGGAAGCCAAACAAGAAGCCGUGUUGUGCCAAGACCAAGGCUGCAGUCUCGAAGCAAAAGUAA